UUGACACCAAACAGUGCGGAAAACAGCGGCGCAGAAACGCAAACUGAGCUCAUCGGGGGAGUCGGUUUUGUUUCAUCAUAUAAUUUCGAGGUCCAUCACGUGUUCCUCUGGUUGCUCAUGUGACCUGUCGGCAAGGACCAAUAGGGUGUAAGAGUUUGUUCUGGGCAGAGCAAAAGGCAAAAAAAAUAAUUUUCCCUUUGCAAUUUUUAAUCGUCCAACGCCGAAAGUGGUCGUCAGCGACUGUCUCCUGCACUGCAUAAAGGUGACCGGUUGGCUGACUCUACCAUCACACUCGCAUUGGCCCUCGACUUCCUCUGUCACGUGAGCACGCCCCUUCCUUCACAUCCAAUCCCAACAUGGAGCCCAUUAAGGUCCAAUCAGAAGGUGGACUGAAUGUGACCCUCACCAUCAGGCUGCUGAUGCACGGCAAGGAGGUUGGAAGCAUCAUAGGAAAGAAAGGAGAGACAGUCAAGAAGAUGCGUGAAGACAGCGGCGCCCGUAUCAACAUCUCAGAGGGGAACUGCCCUGAACGGAUAGUCACCAUCACCGGGCCAACAGAUGCCAUUUUCAAGGCCUUUGCCAUGAUAGCCUACAAGUUUGAAGAGGAUAUUAUCAACUCCAUGAGCAACAGCCCAGCCACCAGCAAACCCCCCGUAACCCUGAGGCUCGUCGUCCCAGCCAGCCAGUGUGGAUCCCUCAUCGGCAAAGGAGGCUCCAAAAUCAAAGAAAUGAGAGAGUCCACAGGAGCUCAGGUCCAGGUGGCAGGAGACAUGCUCCCCAACUCCACUGAGAGAGCGGUGACAAUCUCAGGGGCCCCCGAGGCCAUCAUCCAGUGUGUCAAACAGAUAUGUGUGGUGUUGCUCGAGUCCCCACCGAAAGGUGCCACCAUCCCCUACCGCCCCAAGCCUGCCUCCACCCCUGUCAUUUUUUCAGGUGGCCAGGUAAGAGCAGACCCACUGGGGGCGUCCACAGCCAACCUCAGCCUCUUACUGCAGCACCAGCCACUGCCUGCGUAUACCAUUCAAGGACAGUAUGCCAUCCCACAUCCAGAUCAGUUGAGCAAGCUCCACCAGUUGGCUAUGCAGCAAACCCCCUUUACCCCCCUCGGACAGACCACCCCUGCCUUCCCCGCAGCAGGUCUGGAUGCCAGUAACCAGGCCAGUACUCAUGAACUCACCAUUCCCAAUGAUCUAAUAGGCUGCAUAAUCGGACGCCAGGGAACCAAAAUCAACGAGAUCCGUCAGAUGUCUGGGGCGCAGAUCAAAAUAGCUAACGCCAUGGAAGGGUCAUCGGAACGCCAGAUUACCAUCACAGGGACUCCCGCCAACAUCAGCCUGGCCCAGUAUCUCAUCAAUGCAAGGUUCAGAGACGUGGCGGCUAUGUGGACUGACCCAUCUUCCAUGACCACAUCCUGAGAUCCCUGACUGGCUCCUCCGUUUGGCCCUUUCCAAUGACUGACUACUGCAGACAACCCUGAUGAAGCCCUUCGGACUCUGGCUCUGGCUCUCCGAAAACCCUGACCACCUCCCCACCCUGGUUCAAAGCACCUCAGGGAGGAUUGGGUGCUCACUUUUGUUUCAGAGAGCCACAUUAAAUUAACAAAAAAAGAAAAAAAGAAAAUGGAUAACAAAAAAGAAAUUCUCUGUUGCUUAGAUUUUUUAGAGAACUGUUGAAGCAUGUUGAAUGUUUAUUAGGAACAACUUGUGUUACUCUUUCUUCUUUUUCUCUCUAUCUCUUGCUUUUGCUUUCUCUCUGUCAGUGCUGCGUCAUAGAACAUCAUUUAAAAGUAAAAAAAAGUACUAGUAAAAGACUGAACGUUUUUUGUAGGACGUAGUUAUUUGCAUAUAACAGCUGCUCAGUGAUGCUAUCGGUAGAGUGCGUGGUGGGAUGUAGCCAAAUUAUCAAAUUUUGAUAAUGUAUUUCUGAAAAGACAAAAAAAUUGGACUGUUCUGCUUUUGUCCUAAUUUGCAUCUGUGUCGAAUCUCUACCCAUGACUCUUUGCUGCAUCACAUGACCCUUUCAAGCCAAUGGUAUCACUCCUAGAGCCUCCCUUCUCAUGUUAAUUUCCUAGGUUUGCAUUAUAUUGCAUGUUUUCAGUGUUGUAUUGUCGCGUAUUUCAGUAAGCCUGUUCCGUGUACUUCAGAUGUUAUUAUUAUAUCUUUGUUUUCCUGUUCUUUUCCGCAAACUGUUUUCAGCAUUUUUGGCCACUCACGUCUAGUUCUACUCCCUGUCCAGACAAAAAACCUUCCGACACAGCCUCCUUCUAUCAACACCGAAUAUUAGUAUAUAGAUGCAUGAAUGGGAAUUAGUGAAUAACCAGUGGCUAAAACACUGACUGAAAUUUAAAAUGAUUGUUUACUAACUUAUUAUUCUACUGUAUUUGUUUUUGUAUGAGGACUCUUGUGACUUAGCACAUUAGUCGACUACGCGGCGCUCAUGCAAUAGACUACUCAACACUUUACUCUGGACUGUCUCUGAUGUAGGGAGGAUUAGUUGGACUUAAAAGCCAAGCGUUGCGUCCAAACCUUUCGGCUUCUUUCCCUUGUUUUGGAAAAAACUUGCUAGGCUGAGAGAGGUUUCUAAAAAAUUAAAACUAAGAAAUUGGAGGGAAAGAAGCCGAAUUUUAAUGGCACAGAGGCCUAGACGUUUGGACGAAGCCAGAUGGUAUUUUUUGGGCCAAGGAAUGUUCAGGGGUUCAUUGGGGGGAACCCGUGGGGCCUGGGCGGACGUGACCACUCAGUCUCUUUUUCACGAUUGUUCAUCUCGUCAUGUUCUUUUCAUUGUCAUGCGGUUGAUUUUAACGCUUUAGGUUUGAAUGUCAUUUUAUUGUCGCGACUGUGUCAGCAACAUAAUUGUUUUUAUUUUAAAAGUAAAAAGAGGACAGGUUGGAUGACAAUUCCUGCUUUGCUGUUUUCUAGUAAAGCCAGCAUGUAUUUAUUUAUGGUGUGUUGAUGCACUUAUGAAUUUUCAUUCAUUGAUCAUGAACAUUAAGCUAAGUUAGUUUUGUUGUAUUGUACUUAAUAUGAGAGGGAGGUGUGGGUGAUAUUUGGUAUGAUUCAGUAAUUCAACUUCUCCCACCAUCUUCUGCUGAAGAUGCGCUAAAGAUAAUAGACAGCUUUGGGUCAUCUUUACUUCUGAGUUUCAGCUAAGCUCUUUUCAGCGUUGACGCUAACAAACAGCUGUUGAAUGUUAUUGUCGACUCACAUUAUCUGCCAUCCAACACAGAAACUUUCUGCAUUUACAGAACGUUUGUUUUAUUGCCAGUAGCCUACACUGAGCUUAAAGGAGAAGUUUAACAGUUUGGGGGAAAGCUUUUAGGGAAAUAUGCUUAUUUCUGCCUUUUUACAUUGAACAAUUGAUGUUUGCAUGCUAAACACUGACUAGCACAAGUCUAUGAAGCUUAUAAGCACAUAAAGACUUUUAAAUUGUAUGCAGCACCUUAUUUAUACUAUUAGAAAUGGUCAAAUCUUUUUGCUAAGCUAAGCUAACUGGCUCCAAGCUAAAGUUUCAGAUCCCCUUUUCUUUUUUUAUGUACCAGUGGUUCCUGUAGUUCAUCCCACUAGAAACCAUAGACAAUCUAGUUGUCUCUGUUUUUCAUGCUAGGUUAAGUAAGCUUACUGCUAACUUAGCCUAGCUAUAAGUACACAAAUAAGCAUAUUUACCAGAAGUGUCUAUUCCUAUGACUUUUAGGUGUGUUGAUGACAUAAAUGGACCAAAUGCUGUAUCAAUAUACUGAAAGAGGCAUAGUCAGUGAUAAUUCUGCAAUAAUUCUUACAUUUUGAUGUGAACUCAAGUAGUAGUGAUAGAAAUGACAUUUGGGAUUGGUGUUUCUUUUUGUUUUCACUUGUCAUAGCUUGUAUUCUAAUGGGAAUGUUUGUCAAAUUACAAGAAAUUUUGUUUUUUGGCAAACUUGUUUUUUUUUGUUUGUUUUUUAGAACUGUUAGCUAAUACCUGUUAAGAGGAUAUUCUUUCUAAAAUUGCCCACAACACUGUAAUGGUGAAAAAAUAUCCUCAAGGGUAUUGUGGCUCUUAUAAAACAGUUAUCAGUGCAUGCUGAGAUGUUUGCUUAAAACGUGAAUAAUCAAUGACUAGACAGCCGAGUGUGCAUUUUACAAAUUUAAUCUUGUUGUGUUUUAUGAAUUUGAUUAAUAAGCAGGAAUAUUGACUUGUAAGUGAUGGCAGUGUGACUUCAAUAACAUCAAUUUUCAUGUGUUACUCAGUGUUUGAAAACUGUAUUUACAUUUGUGUAUAUGCCUGAGUAUACUGCGACUUUGAAACAAACUGCAACUAAUGCAAUAAUAGGGUACAAUGUGCAAUUAUUUAUUCAGUUUAUUAUUAGCAUAGAUACAGAAGAGCGGUGUAGCUUGUUUAAAAAAAUGUUUUUUUGAGUUUUAUCCACUUUUCGUUUGGUGGCAACAGCGGGGGAAAAAGAAUGGCUAGACAUGUUUUUUUGGGGGUUUGUUUGUUCGUUUUUCAGCUUUUCUUUGUGUGUAUUGCAGUUUGGGGGGGAACAAAAUGAUAGAACUUUGUAACUAUUUUCAAUUGAUUUAUUUGCUAUGUGCAGAUCUAUAUUAGUUGUGAGUAAUUACAUAGGUUUUAAUUUUACAGUGUUGGUAAGUAUACAAACAAAUAAAGUUUCAUUUUUUUCUUUCUGUGA